AUGGCACUGGAUGAUGCUAGAACAUUAGGAGAACAAAAGGACACAUCGGGAGAGGGGGAAGGAAAGGAGGAGAAGGAGAAGGGGUUUACCGAUUCCUUAUUUGAGACAUUUUCGACUCUGGGAAACUCAGUUCGAGGCUUAUGUGUAGAAACGGGAAACACCUUGAGAGGUUGUGCUUACCCCUUAAAGGAAAAGGUUGUUAAGGUGUACGACGAUGUUGUGAGCAGUUUCAAAACCAAAGGUUCGGAAAUGAAUCCUCAAUCACUCCUACGUCAACCAGUUCCUAAUUUCCCGAAUAACUCUUAA